AUGUCUAGCCUAGAUAAAGACCGGCAUGAUUUGCAGUCCACUAUCGAUGCUCUCCAAGAAGAAAAGAAGAUGCUGCUCUCUAAGCUGCGAAAGGCUUCAGGGACUGGAAAGUCUAUCGAGAGUCAAACAAGUAAACGAGAUGUUUCUACAUCCACAGGGGAUUUAGCAAGUGAAGAUCCUACUUCUACCUCUUCCAACCCAGAAAUCAAUGAUAAUGAUGCUGAAGCUCCUAUUUCGUCCUUCGUUCCUGAAAUUAGACACUCAUCACUUGGCAUUUCUCCUGUUAAUAUUCCUCAUGAUCAGAUGAGAAUGAUUGAGAACAUUAAUGCACUUAUUUCUGAGCUGGCAUUGGAGAAAGAAGAAUUGAUAAAAGCCUUGACCUCGGAAUCGUCUGAGUGUUCUAGGAUGAAGGAAAUAAACAAGGAGUUGUCCCGAAAACUUGAGAUCCAGACACAAAGAUUAGAGCUUUUGACUGCUCAAAGCAUGGUCAAUGAAAAUAUUUCUACAAAGCAACCAGAUUCCCGCGCCAUGUAUGAGAACACCCAAUAUGCAGAUGAGGGUGACGAGGUUGUGGAAAGGGUGUUGGGAUGGCUUAUGAAGCUCUUUCCUGGUGGACCUUCAAGACGGAGAACCAGCAAACUUCUUUGA